CAGCAAUGUUGGAGGCCUGAACCUAGGCAGCACAGGCAGAGAUCUUUCCAUGCCCAGUCUGUAUGUGUACCCUGGACAGCACCUGUAGCAACCAGCACCUUGGACCAAUUCAGAGAUCCUGCAGCAGCCGCUGGGCCUGGCAGCAGCACACACGUCCCUCUGAUGGGCAGCCAGGGCCAGGAGGCGGCAGCCAAUGUCGGGGGAAGCUCCAUAGAGGGCGUUGCAGGAAAAGAGACACACUAGGUGACAGCAGCUGCCCCCACCCACUCCCUAUAUCACAGCAGCAGCAGUAGCAAUGAGAAGGAAACCUCUGAUCAUGGCAGAAGAAGACCAGCAGCUCCUGGCAGACCUGCACACUGGCUCUAGCCCCGGGGCCUCUGUGUAGUAAGACUCUGCUGCGGGGAGACUGGCACUGCUCGCACAGUGUGCCCCUUUCCUCCGUGCUGCUGCGUCCUCCCCUGGGAUUGCAUUGUGCUCAGAUGAGAAGGAUCCUGGCAUGAGCUGGACAUGGAGGGAAGAGCUUGGCCCCUCCAGGCUGGGAGGUGAGCGGGCAUGCAGAAGGCACAGUAGGCACCGUAUAUGCGCGAGGGGUGGGCACCUCCGGCUGCAGCACUGACUGAUCUGUGUGAGAGCGAGGACACUGGGCUCCCUGCAGCACCUUGCCAUUGUACCCGGAUCACCAUGCUGCCAGGAGUGGGGGUGUUUGGCACUAGCCUGACAUCCAGGGUGAUCAUCCCUCUGCUGAAGGACGAGGGGUUUUCGGUCAAAGCCUUAUGGGGUCGGACACAGGAGGAGGCUGAGGAGCUGGCCAAGGAAAUGAGCGUCCCCUUCUACACCAACCGCAUCGACGACGUCUUAUUGCACCAAGAUGUGGACCUAGUGUGCAUCAACCUGCCGCCUCCUCUCACCAAGCAGAUCGCAGUCAAAACCUUAGGGAUUGGGAAGAAUGUCAUCUGUGACAGGACAGCAACUCCCCUUGAUGCAUUUCGAAUGAUGUCAGCAGCUCACUAUUACCCUAAGCUCAUGAGCAUCAUGGGGAAUGUGUUACGUUUUCUGCCUGCCUUUGUGAAGAUGAAGCAACUGAUUCAAGAAGCAUAUGUGGGGGAACUUCAAGUGUGUGAGGUGCAGGUGCACAGCGGAAGUCUACUGGGAAAGAAGUACAACUGGAGCUGUGAUGACCUCAUGGGUGGAGGAGGACUGCAUUCUGUAGGCAGCUAUAUCAUUGAUCUGUUGACUUUCCUAACCAGCCAGAAAGCAGUGAAGGUCCAUGGUCUCCUGAAAACCUUUGUGAAGCAGACAGACCACAUAAAAGGAAUACGCCAGAUCACCAGCGAUGAUUUUUGUACAUUUCAGAUGGUCCUUGAAGGUGGCGUGUGUUGUACGGUUACUCUCAACUUUAAUGUCCCUGGGGAAUUUAAGCAAGAUGUUACAGUUGUUGGAUCAGCUGGUAGACUGAUAGUAACUGGAACAGACCUCUAUGGACAGAGAAACAUCUCUUCUGACAGAGAGUUACUUCUAAAAGACUCUACACCUGUUAGCAACUCCUUAUUGCCCGAAAAGGCCUUUAGUGACAUUCCUUCCCCAUACCUGAGAGGGACCAUCAAAAUGGUACAGGCUGUGCGACAAGCAUUUGAAGACCAGGAUGACAGGAGAACCUGGGAUGGCAGGCCACUUACAAUGGCAGCCACCUUCGAUGACUGUUUAUAUGCUCUUUGUGUAGUGGACACAAUAAAAAAAUCUAACCAGACUGGUGAAUGGCAGAAUAUAGUGAUAAUGACAGAGGAGCCUGAAUUAAGCCCUGCCUACUUAAUUAGUGAAGCUAUGCGCAGAAGCCGGAUGUCGCUGUACUGCUAGCAGUCCUGCCAGAUGUAGACAUAUCAGGAUUAAUUUGCAUAUGUAAAUUUAUGCUGCUUGAAGGCGUUUUUGUACCACAGCAGAUGGUACAGGUCUAUGAUAUAACUUAUGCAUCUUUGUAUAACUGCUGUCGUUGGAAAGGAACACAGUGUUUACUUUCCACAGCAGGCAAGCUGUGAACAUUUAUCAGAAUGUAUUUUAGUGAGGUGGUAGUUCUCCACAAUUGCAUAACUUCAUUUGCCUGUGAGCUGUAGAAAUGGGCCAUCGUUGCAGAUGUGUGCAUUUUCAAGAUUGUGUUACGCUUAGAAAUUGUGAAUGUCAGUUCUAUACAGAUGGCUUAAAGUGGCCAUAUUUGUCCUGUAUACAGAAUUUAUUGACUACUGUUUACUCAUUCCCCAAACAUUUUGUCAGCUGUAGCUUUUUAUUCAAAACACCAUGCACAUAAUUCUUUCUUGAAUUACUGUUCCUUGUAAGUAGUAUACUGUUUAGGAUGUGUGCUGCCGUAUACACUGUACUAAAUAACUGCAAUGUGUAAUAUGCAUUACUGCUCAUGUGUAGAAUUAGUUGUGAAAGUGAAGGCUGAACUGAAGCUAUGUUUCCAUUAAGCCAUGCAAAGCAGAUUUGUUACCUUCUUAGUAAGAAAUCAUUUCUGGUAUGUUUCUACUGUAUUAUUUACAUAUACACAGAGUCCCUUUUCUGUCAGGAAAAUGACCGACCAGGUGGCAACCCUAAUGUAAAGAUAUUAUCAAAUAAUUCUCACUAAACUUCUCUAAAACUUUCUCUGGACAAGAUCUCCCGUGGUUAGUUUGCCUUUCCUUAUGUCCAGAGCAUGUCCCUUUUUAUAAAAUAUUCAGAGUGUAUCUACGAGAGCUGGUACACAGUGACGGUUACAGUUUGGUUGCUAUGGCUACAGCAUCACAGCAUCUUUUCUGCACAGAAUCCUGCACACCAGUUUUCAUAACUGUCCACUUCAGCUAAAAUGGGAUGCAAUCGCGAGACCGCCUGUCGGGAUCCCGGCGGUCACAAUGCCGAUGCCGGAAUCCCGACAGGUAGUGAAAUGCCGACGCCGGAAACCUGGCUCAACUGGCUUUUCUCCCUCUAUGGGUGUCCACAAUACCCAAAGAGGGAGAAUAGAUCCUGUGGCGAGUGCAGCGAGCCCGCAAGUGGCUUUCUAGCGCUCACCCCACUGCCGGCAUACUGGUGGCUAGGAUCCCGCUGUCGGCAUACUGGUGGCUAGGAUCCCGCUGUCUGGAUCAUGACUGCCGGGAUUCUGGCUGCCGGUAAAAGCUAUGUAUUCCGCUAAAAGUACCAAAUAUAUUCCAUUGUUUAGCGUGUGCCCUAUGAAAAAGAGUAUAAAGCUCAGUAAAUGAUUUUACUAGGAUAGUUGGUAUUUCGACUACCUUUAGCAGUCCCUGGGGCUGUGGCUAGAAGGGGCAUAUAUUGUAGUGCAGCUUUAGAACAUGAAUGUAUAUUUGUGUUUCAGGUUUUAGUCAGACACUUAUUGAUGAAUACAUUAUAUAAUUUUCAACCUUUCAUAACUCACGGCACACUGAACAAGAUUUAAAUAUUGCCAAGGCACACUCAAAUAUAAUGGUGAUGCAUGGUGCAGUUGCGUGUCCUAGGAUGUCAUGUCACAACUUCUCCAUAGGUAACGCCUGAGCCACAUCUGAGAAAGCCAGAAGAGCCCAACACUGCCUGGGUCCAAACUUAGAACUGGCUCAGCAACCAAUAAACCCACCAGUAUUGAUUGUUCCAGGGCCUCAGUAGCGGCAAAACACUGACAGGCCUGGCUCUGCUUCUAUGGCGGCACACCUGGAGACUGCUCAGGGCACACCACGGCACAGUGUUGAAAAACACUGAUAGAACAAAUAGCUGUGUAGCAUGAGAUGAGCUGUGGCGUACAAGCCAUUAUUCAAUUGUCCUCAUUCAGGCAUUCAUUUUACAGACUCUUGUACAUCUGUAGUAUCAGCAAUCAGAAGAGCUUAGUAUAUUUUUUAUCACCUGAAAAUUAGAAUAUAAUGCCACUAAACAAGAAGAGUCUUUAAAUGCUGGAGAAAUAAAGUUUGAAUUAAUUUACAUUGACUAAGAGUCCACCUCCAGUCCCGACCAAAAUCAUUGUACUUCAUGAGUACUGUAUUGUAACUGAGAUGAUGUCAAAUUAUUUUCUGCCAAGUUAUCUCGAACUGUGAAAUUAUUUUCUAGAAGAUCCCAGAUGGAGACAAGUACAUUUCUAAGCAAGGGGUUUAUUCACUAAACUGCACUUUUACAAAUUAACAAUUUUCGAUAAUUUUGCAGAGUUUUAAAUCAGCUAUAUUUUUUUUUAACGGCAAUAUAGUGUGUGUUUUGCGGUAAAAAAAAAUGCUGCUUUAAAUCCUGCGGCAGAACAGUCUGUUUAACAAAUAUAUGCCCAGGUGUUAUAGAUUCAUUCAUUCUGUUUCUAUAUAGCAUGGCUGUGGAACACAUUCUGAAUUUUUACACUAUAGAACAUGCUUAACAUAUGAUAAAAUGGAAAGGACAUUACACCCUUUGGGGGCUGAUUCUGAGUUGUAAGCAAGUAACUGCAUCAUGGCAAAACCAUGCUGCACUGCAGGUGGGGCAGAUUUAAAAUGUCCAGAGAGUUAGAUGUAAGAGGGGUGUGUCCAAACUGAAAUCUACAUUGCCAUAUUAUUAAAAAAGCUGUCCUGCAUUUGUGGCUACAUGCAAAAGCAACCAGGAUAUACCCUACAUGCAAAGAUAAUAAAUAUAUUAGCAGUCCUUGUAUUGCAACAUGGUUUGUCCAGAUACCAAGUUAAGGGCCCUAUACACUUGUCGACCCGCCGCCGAGCUGCCCGACGGCCGAUACGGUUAGUUGCGUUUUUUUCUUUGCUUCUAAAUCAGCAUCACCCACAUUGUCUGUAAAUGGCAAAUAAGGAGGGACAAUUACAGUAUGAAAACUGGUGCUUCUGUAAGUACAAGUAAGAGGUGCUGUAGCCUAGAGUUUUCAUUUUCUAAACUACACUAGAAGAAGGAGAUACCAACUUACAUCAACUUUGGUUUAUUUUACUUUAAGGUCUUUUCCAUAGGUUUUAGUUAUCAACCUAUGGAAGCGCUUUCCAGUGACACUUUGGGUCUGUGCAUGUAAGUAAGCUGAAUAUGGUUCAGGCUGGGUGGGCCUCGAGGCACUGCACAUUUCUAACAUAGUCAGUGAACAUACUGUACUUGUAAUGUCAUUUUCUUGCAUUUUAAAUUUCAAUAUUUCAUUAAAAAAAUAGAUUACAAAAUCCAGACUAUAGGAAUUGUAUCCACCAUGGCAAUGGUGAAAUUGUACUGUAUGGAUGGUCAAUAUUGAAAAAUAUGAUCAUAUGAAUAUAAUCAGGCACAAAUAUUUCCGGGGUCAAAUCAGUGACCAUUUCCAAUAUUGUGUUAUAGUUAUAUGUGUAUCUGAGUAUUUGUUGGUGUCUUGCUUACAUAUACAGUAGUACAUCAACUGCCUACAAACCUCAGAUCUUAUACCGGACAGAUAAGUAAUGCAAACUCUUCCACAACGUUUGGUGAAUAAAAUUUUACGAACGUUAAAAAUGUUAAGUCUUAAUAUUUAAUAAUACAAAACAUGUAUACAGUCUGAUAUACAUUUGAAUUUGACUUAUCCCCAAGGAGAAAAGCACAAAGAUGGAUCAUCGAACAGCUCCACUUCACAAACUACUUAAUAAAACCUAUACUUGAAUUGCCCCAUCCUGUACUUGAAUGCUCUGAAACCCUUUAGUCUGAUGAAUAAGGCCUAUGCAAGAGGGUGCAUAGUGCAGAGCUUGCCGCGGUCACUUCAGUCUACCUGUGUCAUUUUGUAAAAAGUCAGAGCUCCAAUAAUUAAUACCAAAGAUCUCAAACUGCACUCACAUACCUCCAUGCUGCCCUAAUCUGCUGGGAGUGCUGCCUUGACAGUUGGCACAUGUGACCAGACUACCAGGAUGGUUAUGUCCUCACUCACCAUGGUUUGCAAGAGCAUUGGCACAUGGUAAUUCAAGGGUCUUUUUAGGAACAGAGAGAGGGGAUUUUCGGAGCAGCAUAAGGCUUCAGAAGCACUAGGCAGGCUCCUCGUGAUCAGGCCCCAAAUGCUGAAUGACUAUGUCCCCUGUUUGUGUGUGUGUAUCGGAACCUAUUACGUAUGACUCCUUGUCUCACUUUCUAGCUCUGCAGUGUUCUGCACAGGUAUGCACACAGGAGCACGAUGAGAACUCAGAGUGUGUGCUCGGGAACAAUAGUACUUAGAACACGUUUCGUAAUAUACACAUCUUUUGUGCAACUCUUAAGAAUAGAGGUUUAUAAACACUGAAAAAAACAUGUCCCUGAAAGUAAGACAUUGUUUUAAUUAGAGUAGGUAAAUUAAAUCUAGACCUAUUGCAGCAGAGUCAAACAAACUUAAUAAUAUUUAGCAUAAAACUACAGAAUGAAGAUGCAUGUGUAAGGCUUACAGCCAUGACAAUGUUUUCCAAUGAAAAGAGAUAAUGUUGCCACCUAUAGACAAGCCAGGAUUUUACUUGUAAAGAACAUAUUUUCUCUUGUAAUUAUGAAACUUCAGUUUCUAUCCUGUUUAAUUUAUUUUAAAAACAUGUCUGUUUAUGAAAGAUUGACAAGAAUGUAUUAUAAUUUUGUGAUGGCAAUCAAGCCUUUGCAGAACAAAAAAAGAAUAUUUGCACCACUUAUCGACCAAAUGUAAUUUUUGUUCUGCUUGCAAAAUAUUACAGAUAUUUUUGGGAAGGUGACCUUACAGAGGUAUAUUUUGUAUUAUUUCUGAUUUCCUGCUAACGUCUGUUUUAAUGCCACACAUGUGGUUAAUAAUUAAUGGAAUGGACACAAUAAAUUUUGUGCUUAUCUGGCGUUGAAGUUCAA